CAACCGAAAGCCCGCCAAGCGCCGCCCGCCAAGCGCCGCCAGGGGCAGAGCGCGCACCCCUCCGCUGCCUCUGCCGUCGCAGCAGCAGCAGCAGCAGCCGCCCGAGGCUAGGCGAGCAAGCGCCGAUCGGCCGUCCAGCAAAGCGGCGGGCUGCGCUCACCGGCUCCCUCUCCUCCUUCCCAACAGGUGGCUCCGCGUCGCCAUGGGCAGAGGGGCCGUGCAGAUGCUGCUGCUCUUGGGGCUGCUGCACUGGGGCCCCGGCGGUGAGGGCAGGAAAAGCUGGAGGCGGCGUGGGCAGCAGCAGCAGCAGCAACAGCAACAACAACCGGCGGCGGGUCGGGAGCGGAGCGAGGCGGCUGGGCAGCCGGUGGAGAGCUUCCCAUUGGACUUUACCGCUGUGGAGGGCAACAUGGACAGUUUCAUGGCUCAGAUCAAGAGCCUGGCGCAGUCGCUGUACCCUUGCUCGGCGCAGAAUCUGCACCAGGAGCUGAGGCUGCACAUGCUGCUCAACAGCUCGGUCACCUGCAACGACGGCAGCCCCGCCGGCUACUACCUCAAAGAAUCGAAAGGCAGUAGAAGGUGGCUGCUUUUCCUGGAAGGAGGCUGGUACUGCUUCAACAGAGAGAACUGCAACACUCGGUAUGAAACAAUGAGGAGACUUAUGAGCUCCAAGGAGUGGCCCACUACCAGAACUGGAACUGGUAUUCUGUCAUCGCAACCGGAGGAAAAUCCACACUGGUGGAAUGCAAACAUGGUUUUCAUCCCCUAUUGCUCAAGCGAUGUCUGGAGCGGAGCCUCUGCCAGGAUUGAGAAAAAUGAAUUUGUCUUCAUGGGUGCCCUUAUCAUUCAAGAGGUUGUAAAAGAGUUGGUGGGAAAAGGUCUUGGGAAUGCCAAAGUCCUCCUACUAGCAGGAAGCAGUGCUGGUGGAACAGGGGUGCUCCUGAAUGUAGAUCGAGUAGCCGAGCAGCUGGAAGAGAUGGGGUAUCCUGGGAUUCAGGUCCGUGGCCUUGCAGACUCUGGAUGGUUCUUGGACAAUAAACAGUAUCGUAGAACAGACUGCAUUGAUACCAUAACCUGCGCCCCUACAGAAGCUAUCAGGAGAGGAAUUAGGUAUUGGAACGGACUUGUUCCUGAACGCUGCAAGAUGCAGUUUAAAGAGGGAGAGGAAUGGAAUUGUUUCUUUGGCUAUAAAAUUUAUCCCACACUGCGAUGUCCUGUGUUUAUAGUACAGUGGCUCUUCGAUGAAGCCCAGCUCACCGUGGACAAUGUACAUUUGACUGGCCAGCCAGUGCAGGAGGGGCAGUGGCUAUACAUCCAGAACCUGGGUCGUGAACUUAGGAACACCCUUAAAGAUGUGACUGCCAGCUUUGCUCCCGCUUGUUUGUCUCAUGAGAUCAUCACACGCAAUCAUUGGACAGACAUCCAAGUGAAAGGGACCUCUUUACCCCGAGCCCUGCACUGCUGGGAUCGCAGCCUCCACGACAGCAACAAGAAUGGGAAAGCUCCACUGAAAGGCUGCCCUGUCCAUCUGAUUGACAGCUGUCCCUGGCCACACUGCAACCCCUCAUGCCCUACCAUCCGGGACCAGUACACAGGACAAGAGAUGAACGUGAUCCAGUUUCUCAUGCAUAUGGGGUUUGAUGUGCAGAAGAUGGCGCAGCAGCAGGGUCUGGAGCCCAGUAAACUGCUGGGGAUGCUGAGUAGUGGUAGCUAGGAGAGUUUUCCACUAAGGAGGACUGCAUGACUGCGUAUAGAGCAGGAGCCUUUUAGCUCCCCUCUCAAACUUCCUGCCCUCCUUGCUCACUUUCAUAACAUAAGCAUCUACACAGACACAUACAGGCACAAGUCAUGCACGCACACUCUGGCACAGUUAGUAUUAUCAGGAUAAAAUGAACACCAGUUGAUUGAAAUGUUACCUCUACUUCAGGGGACAGUCUCAGCUAAGCGUCACCUCUGUCUGCAAUAAUUCACUAACAGUCUGCAGGGAGCCCAUAGAAAAUCACGAACUCUCUCCAGAGUUAAAAGGACUGUAUACUUUUUGCCUUUUCCAAGAACUUUUCACACCAUGAGACUGACAACAAAAGGUGCUUUGGGGAGG